AUGGAGAUCGAUAAAGAAAAUGUGGUGCAAGCGGUUGUUAUAAUGGAUACUUUCAAUAAUAAUUUCAGCCCUAUAACUACCAAUAGUCCUUUUGCCUUAUUAUCGGUAGCUGGAGUGCCACUUAUUGAUUACGUCCUUGAAAGCUUAGCUCUUGGCGGUGUGGGUGAAACAAUCUUAUUUUGUUGUGAAAAUGGACCUAAAAUUAAGGAAUAUCUAAAAUUGAAAAAAGAAGAGAAAUUACCAUGGUCCCUAACUAUGGACAUCCAAGUUUUGAUGUCCGAUACUUGUCAAACAAUGGGUGAUGUGAUGCGAGAAAUAGAUGCAGCUGGCCUUGUGAGAGGUUAUUUCAUAUUAAUGGGAGUGAACAGUAUAUCCAAUAUCAAUUAUGCUGUGCUGUUGGAACAACAUAAACAAACAUGUAAAAAAGAUAAAGGAGCUGCAAUGACAUUGGUUUAUAAAAAAGUAUCCUGGCAGCAUCCUAUAACUAGAUCUGACAAGCCAAUAUUUUUAGCUGCAGACGCUAACACCAGAAAAAUAUUGAUGCAUAAAAAAUAUAAAGCCAAAUCAUCUGAUAAAAUUAUAAAUUUGCCGUUGGAUAUAGUGUUGAAUCAUUCUGAAGUUAAAUUGCAUCAUAAUCUGGUUGAUGCAAACAUUGCUCUAUGCUCUCCAUCAGUACCACCAUUGUUUUCUGAUAACUUUGAUUUCCAAACAAGAGAUGAUUUCAUUCAUGGUAUUUUGAUAAAUGAGGAAAUUCUGGCCAGUUGUCUAUAUUAUACUUUAUUGAAAAGAGAUGAAUACACAGCUGCAGUAACAAAUUGGAAAACAUAUCAAGUUAUUUGUCGUGACAUAAUUCAUAACUGGGCACAUCCACUAUCAAUAGAAACUGGCACAUUUUAUCAAAAUAAUUUUGUUUUCAUGGGAAAUCAUAAUUUUCGAAGUAUAAAUUCAACACUCAGCAGAUCUUGUACACUGACUGAAGAUGUUUUGAUAGGUGCUAAUGCUCACAUUAGUGACAAUGCAAUUUUAACAAAGUCUGUAAUUGGAAAGAAUUGUGUGAUUGGCAGUAAUGUAGUCAUAACAGGAAGUUACAUAAUGGACAAUGUAACAGUUAAAGAAAAUUGUAAAAUAUUUAAUAGCUAUAUUGAACAUGAUUCUCUGAUAGAAGAAAAAUCUGUUUUAGAAGGUACUAUUAUAGCUUCAAAUGUUAAUAUAAAGGCAGAAAGCAAUUUAAAAGGCAGUAUUGUUGAAAGUUCUGUUGCUGACAAAGAGAAAACAUUAUCUAAAUCCACUUCAGAAAAUGAAUGGGAAAAUGAGUCUGUUAACAGUGAAGAUGAUGAAUUUAUUGGUUUGGAUAAGGAAUGGAGUGACAGUGAUUCAUGUUAUUCAACUGACAGUAGUGAGCCUACAUCUUUAUCAGAUUCACCAGUACCAGAUGAUACUAACAUGUUCCUUCAAGAAGUUAUAGAUAGUUUGGCUCGGGGCUAUGAGGAAAAAUUGAAGUGUGAUUACUUAAUAUUAGAAAUUAAUUCUUCAAGAUAUGCAUACAAUAUUCAGCUAAAUGAAGUUAAUUUCUUUGUUGUGAAAGCUCUGCUAAGUAUACCAAUACUCACAGAAACAAAGAGUGUAUUAUCUACUAUUAAAGACAUUUGGAAAUACUUCCAGCCAGUUAUAUCAAAUUAUAUAAAAACAAAAUCUUCUAUUAUGGACUGUUUAAGAGCUGUUGAAGAUAGUUGUUUAAAAAGUUUGUGGCUUGAAGGUAAAGCUGGACAAAUUAUCCAUCUUUUAUAUGAUGCUGAUGUUGUUGAUGAGGACUCAUUAUUAGAGUGGUAUAAGGAACUACAAGAAUAUAAAAGUCCUUUGGUUGGCCAGUCUUCUGUUGUAAAAUUUUUUGAAUGGCUUCAGGAAGCCAGUGAAGAAUCAGAUUAA